AUGAAGCUAAUCGGUGCCGUGCUUUCAGUCGCUUCUGCCCAAAGUGGUUGCAACUGGAUUUGGGGAAAUUCAGGGGAUCGACUUGAAUGCCUCCCAAAUUUUUACGUCGACGGAGUUUGCGAGUCUGGUAGACGUGAUGAUUGCGGUGGCCUCGGAACGGCGGUGUCUUUUGGAAUUCACUGCUGUCCGGCCAGUAGAAACAUUCCUAUUGGAAUCUUGAGUGACUGUGGAUGGGUCAGCGGAGGCACUGGUGAAGAUAUUGAGUGCCCAAAGAGCGAAGCUGGAGUCACUCAACUUGCAUUUGGUCGCUGUUCAACAUCCGCCAGGUCUGACAGCAGAGGCGCCUGUCAAGACGAAGACGUACACUCUGUUUACUGCUGUAGUUCGGAGAGUACUGUUGACGAGCAGUAUUGUGGCUGGCUUUAUGAAACUUACGGCAAGAAUCUGCUCUGUCCCACUAAUCUCGUCGCCGCUGGCUUUUGCGGAGUGAAUAACACAAGCGAUUGCAAGCAAGGGACAAGAUACUCUGGAAUUAAAUGCUGCCCACCUGAAAUCGUGCGAGCCAAGUUUUCUACCAAGUAA